CAAUUCUUCCAUCCAUUUCUCCUUUUUCUUGGACAUUUAAACCGCUUUUUCAUCUUCUUUUUUGCUUUUUUUUUUCUAAUUUUUUUCCUUAUCAUAAUUUAUCUCUUUCACAACAAAAACUGCAAUACGAGUUCAAAUUUUCAGAAUCAUGGCAUAUUCCCUUCUUCGAAAUCGUAAAGCUUCGGCUUUGGUCCUUUCUCGUGUUCUUCAAGGGAAUAUCAUUAACUUGAUGAAUUUGCAACUGGAGUUCAAAAUUGGAUAUGCUGCCAGUGUCAAUAUCACAAUAAGGAAAUACAGCAGUGGCUGUGGCACCAGAAAGUUUGAUUUUUUGGAUCUGACUUGUCCUCAUACGUGGUAUCCAAAUGCUCGGAGGAAGAAUCGCAAGAUUAUAUUGCAUGUAGGUCCAACAAACAGUGGUAAAACACACAAUGCUCUAAAGCAAUUGGAAUUAAGUACUUCAGGUAUAUAUUGUGGUCCAUUGAGAUUGUUGGCAUGGGAAGUUGCAAAACGGUUGAACAAGGCAAAAGUUUCUUGUGAUUUAAUAACAGGUCAGGAGAGAGAACAAGUUGAUGGUGCAAAGCACAAGGCGGUGACAGUUGAAAUGGCUGAUGUCAUCUCCACUUAUCAUUGUGCAGUCAUCGACGAGAUCCAGAUGAUAGGUUGUAAGACAAGGGGUUCUUCGUUUACCCGUGCUUUAUUGGGAAUUUCAGCUGAUGAAAUCCAUCUUUGUGGAGAUCCAGCUGCUGUUCCUCUUAUUCAGGAUAUUCUGAAAGAGACUGGGGAUGAUGUCCAGGUUCAUUCGUAUGACAGACUUUCACCCCUAGUUCCAUUGAAAGUUCCUCUUGGAUCCUUUUCUAAUAUAAAGACCGGGGACUGCAUUGUAACCUUUUCACGUCAUGAGAUAUAUAAAUUCAAAGUAACGGCCUUAAUCCAACGUCGUUGGCCGUCAGCAGCUGCAGCAAAGGAGGAAGCCGAAUCUAUGAAUGUGCCGCUCGGGGAACAACCAAACCUACGCCCAACCAUGACACCAGAAGGUUGUGCGACGGGCAGAAGAUCGAGCAACGUUCAGAAGAAGAUCUGCACGGCCAGAAGUGGAGGAGCUGUAAUGUUUUUGGCUCUGCGCGCGAAGAGACAACCAGAGAAGAGGAAUCAGAGACGGAUCUGCAAUGUCUGUCCUCGUUUGUGCACAAAACCAAAGCCGAAGAAGACGAACCAGCGUGGCGGCGGCCAGAUUGCGAGAAGCUCGAUCCGGGGCGUUUAUGGGUGA